UGUAGCGUAGCCCAAAAUUAUUUCUUCUCAAACCACCGAACCGAAAAGAACCGGCACGAUGCAGAUAGAUCUUGCGUACGCCGUACCGAUAGUCGCGAUUCUGGGCUUCCUGUACUACUGGAUCACCCGGAACGAUGACUACUUCCACGAGAAGCCGAUUCCCUCGAUGGCCGUUAAGCCAAUUGUGGGAAGCACCUGGCCGAUGUUAUUCAAGAAAAUCGCCUUCUCCGAGUUUGUCCAGAACAGCUACGACAAGUACGCGAAUGCCAAAGUGUUCGGGAUGAUGGAUAUGACAAGACCGAUUUUCGUGAUCCGUGAUCCGGAGUUGAUCAAGCAGGUUGGUGUGAAGGACUUUGAACAUUUCAUGGAUCAUCAGCCUGUGUUUGGAAAUCCCGAGUACGAUCAUCCCAAUUUGUUGGUCGGUAAAUCUUUGUUCACGCUGGCCGGACAACGCUGGAAGACUAUGCGAGCGACAUUGAGUCCGGCUUUUACGGGGAGCAAAAUGCGCCAAAUGUUCGAACUGAUCGUCGAGUGCAGUGAAAGGAUGGCGACAUACUACCGGGAAGAGGCUAAAUCGAAGGGACCACAGGAGUACGAAAUGAAGGAUGUGUUUUCGAGGUUCGCCAACGAUGUUGUGGCGACGUGUGCUUUCGGUUUGGCGGUAGAUUCUGUAAAAGAUAAGGAUAACGAAUUUUACGUUAACGGUAAAAAAAUGAUGAACUUUGGUAGAUUCAGUGUGAUAUUGAGGAUGAUCGGAUAUCAACUGUUUCCGGCUCUGAUGGGUCGCCUGGGCAUUGAUAUGAUCGACGAAGAGCAGAACAGCUAUUUUUCGUCGUUGAUCUUGUCUGCCGUGAAGGAUCGCAACGAAAAGGGCAUCGUUCGACCGGAUAUGAUUAAUCUACUGAUCCAAGCGCGAAAGGGAACUCUAAAACAUCAACAGGAAAAGGAACAAAAUGAAGGAUUCGCCACAGUAGACGAAUCCGAUGUCGGUAAAGUGCAGGUGUCCACCGAUAUGACCGAUACGGAAAUGGUUGCGCAGUGUCUGAUAUUUUUCUUGGCUGGUUUUGAUACCGUGUCAACGUGUCUUCUAUUCCUGACCUAUGAACUUGCCAUCAACCCAGAGGUACAGAACAAACUGUACAAAGAGGUGCAGGACACCCAAGAAUCGCUUGGAGGAAAGUCAUUGACAUACGAUGCACUUCAGAAGAUGAAAUACCUAGACAUGGUAGUUUCUGAGACUCUUCGCAGAUGGCCGCCAGCUCCGGCUAUCGAUCGUUUAUGCGUAAAAGACUACCAACUGGACGACGGGAACGGACUUUCGUUCAAAAUUGACAAAGACACGGCACUGUGGUUCCCUGUUCAUGCGCUUCACAAUGACCCUCAAUAUUUCCCAAAUCCGGCGAAAUUCGAUCCGGAACGGUUCAGCGACGACCGGAAGGGCAGUAUCAAACCAGGAACGUAUCUCCCGUUCGGCAUUGGUCCGAGAAACUGUAUUGGAUCGCGAUUUGCACUGUCCGAAGUGAAGACGAUUAUUUACUACAUGAUGCAAAGCUUCUCGUUUGAACGCACCAGCAAAACUGAAGUGCCAUUAGUACUCAUUAAAAGUAUGACUGAUGUAAUACCGGAAAAGGGCGUUCAUUUGGAGUUUAGACCAAGAAAAUGACGAUUUUUAUUUCUACAGUUUAAGAUUUAAUGUUUGAAUGAAUAAUAAGUUAAUAUAAAACAUUAAAUAGUUUUU